ACUCGCUCACAGCGGAGAAGAAGCGCACGAGGAAGGUCCGUCUUCAUUCUCCUCUCACACUCAGCUCAUCUUUACGUUGAGAAACACAGCCACAGGUAUUGACAGGCUGAUCUCUGCUCCCAUGGAAGCUAACCACAGCGGCUCCACUGGAGGCACGCAGCCAACUGGGCACGUUUAUGAAGUCGCAGUUCAAAGCAACUCGACAAACCGCAGCUCCCAGUUUGCAGACGUGGCUUUGCUGCAGAGCUUCAAGCCCCUCAUCAUCCCGUGCUACGUGCUCGUGGUGGUGGUGGGCGUCUUCGGGAACUACCUGCUCCUCUACGUCAUCUGCAGAACCCGCAAGAUGCACAACGUCACCAACUUUUUCAUCGGGAACCUGGCCUUCUCAGAUAUGCUCAUGUGUGUCACCUGCGUCCCCUUCACUCUGGCCUACGCCUUCAACCCUCACGGCUGGGUGUUCGGCCGCUCCAUGUGCUACCUGGUGUUCCUGAUCCAGCCUGUCACAGUCUAUGUUUCAGUCUUCACGCUCACUGCUAUUGCUGUGGACAGAUAUUAUGCAACGGUUCAUCCUCUGAAGAAGCGGACCACUGUGGCGACCUGCGCCUCCGUCCUCACCGGGAUCUGGCUUCUGUCUUGCGGUUUGGUGGCUCCAGCGGUGACUCACACCUACCACGUCGAGUUCAAAGAGGAAGGCUUCACCAUCUGCGAGGAGUUCUGGUUGGGUCAAGAGAAAGAAAGACGUGCUUACGCGUACAGCACCCUGCUGGUCACGUACGUCCUCCCUCUGUCGGCCGUUUUUGUCUCGUAUCUCUGCAUCACCGUCAAACUGAGGAAGUGUGUCGCCCCGGGCCACAGGACGCCGAACCAGACGGGCGCUCAGCAGGCCCGGAAGAGGAAGAUCUUCCGCCUGGUCGCGCUUCUGGUGUCUGCUUUUGCGGUGUGCUGGCUUCCCAUUCAUGUGUUCAACGUGCUGAGAGACAUCGACAUCCACCUCAUCAACAAGCGCUACUUUUUGCUCAUCCAGCUGCUGUGCCACCUGUGUGCCAUGAGCUCGUCCUGCUGUAACCCCUUUCUGUACGCCUGGCUGCACGACCGCUUCCGCACCGAGCUACGGAAGAUGUUCAAGUGCCGCCAUCGUAUCGGAGUUCCCGCCAAUCACUGUGCUGCUAGCGUGGUUCUGUAGCUACCUGGUGAAAAAUCCUCUGUUCUUAAUAUAAAUUGUUGGCUCAUCUUGAGUGCAAAACCAUCCACCAAAGCUCUGAUGGCAAUCCAGGCAUUAGUUAUGUUGUCAUGAGAAAUGAUCGAGGGCAAAGAGAGGCUCCGGAGAAAAGGUUUAUCCUCUGAAGAGUCAUUUUCAUAAAACUCUUCUGAUUACCGUUAGAGAUUUACAAUUAAAAGUUAGAAAUGUUGGUCCUGGUGGUAGCAAUAAAAAGGCAGUUGUUAAGAAAAUCCAAAAAUGUUGCUACAUCUAAGCUACUGAAUAUCUUGAGGAUAUAAGAACAAGUACUUAAGGUAUACACAGGAUUUUUAAAAUAAAAUAAAUACGGCAUCUGUUAAGGAAAAAGCCAAAUGUUGAAAGUGAGUCUCAUGAAAAGCUUAAUAGAUGAUACUGAGUUCUACAGCUGAGGCCCAGACAGCAAUUAGCUGCUCAAUUUGGUGACUAGAUGAGAGUUCAGAACCUCAGUGAAUCAAAUGAUCAGGCUCAUGAGAUUGCAGACAUAAGAAAAAGCCAUAAACAAGAAAUGGUUCUUCCUCUGGGAACCUAGUCCGUUUUAUGGGGUCAAUAUAUAAUUGAAGGACUUUUGAAGUCCAUGGGAUAUAUCUUGCAUACAUUUUUAUUAUAAGUAAAAAAAGCUAAUGGUUUUUUUUAUGUUCAUCAUGAUCAUGCCUUUACAAAUUGCAUAUUUAUUUAUUAUGGGAACAAUGACUUAUUAAUAAAAAAUUACUGCAUAUCACUAAAAUAUCAACCAAACAACCUUCCAUAUUCAAUAACAACCACCUUCUAAUUAGCUAAACAAUAAUAAAAUGAGCUUUUUCCCAAAAAAAAAUGACUGUGUUCUUUUUAUUAAGUUGAGAUAAUCAUGAUGGAUAUUUCUUUAUGACAAUAUAUCAAAUUUUAUAUCAAAAAUAACAAAUUGUAUCUGUGUCCUAGAAAUCACUUUCCAGUAAGUUCCCCAUUACAAAAACACUUCUCAAGGAAGUGUGUUAAUUCCAGAUCACAUGACCUGCUCCACAUGAUGUCAUUUCCUCCUGCAGAAAAGACUGGAAGACUCCAAGGCUUUCUGAGUUAUUUAAUAUAAAGUAGUGUGUGAGUCAAGUGUAGAUUUAUGGCAUGUCAACAGGUUUACUACAAUAUCUUUUUUAUUUUUAUUUAUAUUUUAUUUCAAUAAUAAUCUCUAAAAAUGUCAUGUGGUGUUUGGUUAUCGCCGGCCAUGUUGAUUUUCAGCCUGAAAACAGCAAAAAUGUCAACUAUGAUACAAAAAGUCUCGCAAUUAUAUAUUGACCCAGUGGCUACUUAGAUGAUGAUAUUUCUUAUGAGUUACCAUAGUGGUAGUUAACACAAAGAACGGAUCUGAUUAAAACAAACAUUACUCAGAGGGAUGGUGGUCUUUGAUGAUAAAAUGUUCUAAUAACUUUUUUUAGUCAGAAGAGGCGAGACGUGAAGAGAGUCACCAUGACAUCAGUGUAGCUGUACUGGAUAUGAAAAGAAAAUGAAAGCAUCAGUUCAGAUUGCGUUGGUCACUGCCGAUGUGAUUGUUUCCACCACAGCUCCGAUGUCAUAACUAAUCCUUUUGUGCUGCUCCAGCUUGAAGCCCAGAGGAAUAAUUCAAAUUCAUGAAGGUGGUCCUCCAGACUUUAAUCUUCUAAAAGCGUGCAGUUGGUAAAUAUUACCCUUCAGUUAUGUCUGAUAGCACAGUAUAAUGGCUAUAAAAGAAUUAAACUAUCAUAGUGGUGCUUGGCUCUGUUUCGUUUUCUGUGCUGUGCUCUGUGUUGUUUCUACAGGUUUUUGAGACUUUGCACAAAAUGGUGAACACAUAAAGAAUAAAUAAGCAUAAAGUCAAGUUAGUAGAAUCCUGAAGUGAUGAAAACAUCGAUAACAUUAACCAGCAGGUCAGCCAGCGCUGAUAAAAACAGCUGCCUGGUUGUUUCCACUGAACUUUAUUCCAGCUCUGCACUGUAAAGCCUCACCCGUCGAAAAAAAAGAAAAAAAGCCAGAAAAUUCAAAUUUUUUGGAACUGAGAUGUUUAUUAACCCUUUUAACAAAAUCCGAAAAAAUAAUAUUGUUUAUUAUGGGUUUUUGUAUCAAAUUUGAUACAUUAGGCAUUUUUUGCAACUUUUUACUCCAGUCUACGAUUAGCAUUGAGUGAGUUGACUCACUUCAUAACAAAAAAUAACACAAUAAUGAAUAAAAUAAAAAGAAAGAACAACACAACAAACAGCAGGGAGCUUUGCCUCCAUCUCCCAGUAGGCUCUCACACUGAUCAUAUGAACUAAUCCCAUAUUCAUGAGCAUGCCUAGAACCUCCUCAUCCUCAUCUUCUAACAGCUCCAUGUCACUUGUGUUGCCGUCCAGUAUCUUGUAGAUGACAAUUUUUUUAAUGUACUUUCUUUUUACUGUCUUCUUGACAUCUAAGAAUUGGUCAAUAUAGUGUAGCAAUUAUGAUUUCAGAAGAAUUGUUGCUGUAAAAAUAUUGAAAAUGCAUUUGAAGAUGGCAUUUAAUUCAUUAAGUUAAUGAAGUCAUCAGUAGUGUUUGUUUGUAUUUGCAUAGGUAUAACGACGGUUCAGGAAAAAAGCACGUUAUAAACCUGGAGUAUCAAAUUUGAUACAGACAAAUUAACACAAGUUAACCGAAAUAUAAACAAUUAGUAAAUAUGCAUUUGCUCAAUGCAGAAAAUACUUAUUUUAAAAAAUGAGGAACAAUUUAGAUGCUAUUUUCACUUCUUGAAAAUUAGCAGUGAUGUUCCGGAAAAAAGUACGGGGACGAUUUCAUGCCAGCAGACAUUUUAAAAAGGGGAAAAAUACGAUUUCAGCUGCCUCUAGUGAAAUGAUAAUCCAUAAGGGGGUAGAAUACAUGUAUCAGGUUAUAUGCAACAGGUUUUUAAAGGAACUUUUCAUAUGUUGAUGAGAUAGAGGUCUCAGAAACUCAUAUCAAAUAUAAUACAAAUGGUUGUAUAGGGUUAAGGCCUGCUUCUUGUUUCAUGUUAUUUGUAUGCGUAAAUAUCUCUUUGCAUCAAUGAAGUCAACAUGUCACUAAAUAAUAAAACCUCAUAUUGUCCACAGCA